ACACGCUGAACUACCUGAAAACAAAAGUGGACCGCAUGCGCCAUGGCAUUCAACUGGACCAACUGGCCAUCAACACCACACCCAUCCGCCCAGAGAGCUGCCCAGUCUCACCCACGAAUGCGCUCAGCCCACCCACAGCCGAAAUCACCAUCCAAGUACCCCUGAACGGACAUCAGGGAUACCAUACGUCUGCGGCAGCCGAUGCGGAACUGACAUCAAACGGCACGACAGAUAUCAACCAUAUAACAUCCAGCACAGACGCCGGCACAGACUUUGUGAAGCACAGCUCCAGUGAGAAACGUCAGCUAUUCCAAAACGAGGUAGACAAACUCAAUCACUUCCUCUCCUCCACGUCUCUGGGAAUGCCCGUUGGUGGCCGACCCAAGAUGUGGCACAGCGCCAGCUCAGAGAACGUGUCGUCUAUGGCUAUGGCUUUGGCCGGUAAUCUGCCCGUGCCUAGAAGUUCGGUACCUUGCAUAGUGUCGGACGAUCUACCUACCGAGCAGACACAGGUGAACGCCUACACAGUGUGGGGCCGUCCGUAUGUGACGCUCACGUAUGCGCAGAGUCUCAACGGGUGCAUCGCCACACGCGAGCGCAGUCCUCUGGCCAUCUCGUGCGAUGAGUCUUUGGUGAUGACUCAUCAGCUACGCGCGGACCACGACGGCAUCCUCGUGGGCAUAGGCACUGUGUGUGCGGAUAACCCUCGCUUGACAGUUCGUCUGGCAAACGGAAACGACCCUUUACCCAUCAUCCUAGACACCAACCUGCGCGUGCCCAUGGACGUGACCAUACUAGACAACAAAAGGAAACCUUGGAUUGUGUGCAGAAUCGGGUGUGAUGAGUCCAAAAUAGAAGCUCUGGGUGCAAGGGGGGUGACGGUGGUACCUAUUGAUUGCGAAGAAGGCGAGAUGCUAGACGUGAGCAUGGUGCUGGGUGUACUGAAGCAGCGGGGAAUCAAAUCGCUGAUGGUGGAGGGUGGUGCAUCGAUCAUCACUUCGUUCCUGGCCAGCCGUCUGGUUGAUUUUGUGGUGGUAACGAUCUCACCCGUGUUUAUCAAUGGGCUGGAGCUUGUGCCAUCGUCCUCAAAGGUGACUCUGCCUAGCUUGGAAUCGCCUGUCUCUCACCAAUUGGGCACGGAUGCGAUAAUCUCUGGACGACCCGUAUGGCAAUGAUAAGAUGUGUGGUUAAUAUUUAGAAGUUAGAUUUGGCAUAUUAUUUAAACCCCGAAACUGUAAAGGACUGAGCCAUUGGAUGCUAGCGAGCGAUGUGCGAGAUUUUAUUCAGCUGUACCACCUCUCUGACCACGCGUGUUGCAGUUUUAUGGCCAAGGGUACUGUAUUGCACCCAGUACGUGUAGUAGCCAUAGCUGUCAGCUGUCGCUUACCAAUGCCGGUACAAAGCGCCUCCGCGGGGAGUUGAGUUGCGCACGCCGAAUGCAGCAAUUUAACUCAGCUUACCCGUGCUGCAACGCAAUCUACUGAAGGGGUUCGAAUCUCAUCUAGCAGCUGAGAAAGGCGACUUGAUGUCUCCUGUGUAGUGUGAUAGAGGGGUGUCUGUAUCUGUCAUAGAUUCCUGGGAGGAUUGGAGUCCACUACUAGUGUAAAACAGAUGAUUUAUCUGAUGGGAUAAAAGUUAGGGAGUGUAAAUCAAUUGUGUGCAAAUCUUUUUGGUUC